AUUUGGCCAACAGGCGGGAGCUUUGUCAGCUCACAGAAAGUGCCACGACUCCAGUCAGCGGCUAUUCCGAAUCACUGAAAAUUUGGACGUUGGAAGCAGGAUCAGUGGUGGACAGGACUAAACAAAGAUGGAUGUGUAUGACCCUCAGACUCUGGGAAUUGUAGUGUUCAGUGGCUUCAUGGUGGUUUCGGCCAUUGGCAUUGCUCUGGUCUCCACUCUGUCCAUGAAAGAGACAUCAUAUGAAGAGGCUCUAGCUAACCAAAGGCGUGAACUGGCUAAGACCCAACCCCUGCGUGGGGACAAGAAGAAAAAGGCUUUGGAGAAGAAAGGCAAAGCCAAGAAGAAGGAGGAAAAACCCAACGGGAAGCUUCCAGAACAUGAGAUGCAUGACUCUGGUCCUGAACCAGGUUCAGAGACCAGCGAACCAGAACCAGAAUCGGAACCGGAAUCCGUGGCUGUCCCUGAGCCUGUUCCUGUAGCCGAGGCCACAGCUGUCCCCAAACUAGUGGUUCCAGAACCCAAAGCUGAUGAAGUGGCAGUGUGUUAUGUUGCACCAACUAAGGCUGCUGCUGUACCAGCUCCAUCUGCACCUUCCCCAAGGGAGAAGAAGAAGAGGAAGGUGGCAAAGGUUGAUCCAGCCCCUGCUAAGCCAUUGCAGAUUGUUGCAGAAAACAUCACUAAGGAGCCAGUCUCUAAAGUAGCCAAGGGACCUGUCCCUAAGGAGCCAGGUGCUAAGGUUGCCAAGGAGCCAGGUGCUAAGGUUGCCAAGGAGCCAGGUGCUAAGGUUGCCAAGGAGCCAGGUGCUAAGGUUGCCAAGGAGCCAGGUGCUAAGGUUGCCAAGGAGCCAGGUGCUAAGGUUGCCAAGGAACCUGUCCCUAAGGAGCCUGGUGCUAAGGUUGCCAAGGAGCCAGGUGCUAAGGUUGCCAAGGAGCCAGGUGCUAAGGUUGCCAAGGAGCCAGGUGCUAAGGUUGCCAAGGAGCCAGGUGCUAAGGUUGCCAAGGAACCUGUCCCUAAGGAGCCAGGUGCUAAGGUUGCCAAGGAACCUGUCCCUAAGGAGCCAGGUGCUAAGGUUGCCAAGGAACCUGUCCCUAAGGAGCCAGGUGCUAAGGUUGCCAAGGAACCUGUCCCUAAGGAGCCAGGUGCUAAGGUUGCCAAGGAACCUGUCCCUAAGGAGCCAGGUGCUAAGGCUGCAAAGGUUGUUAAGGAAGCUGCUUCAAAGAUUGUGAAGGAGCCAGCUGCUAAAGUUACCAAGGAACUUGUCUCAAAGGCUGCCAAGGAAACCGUCACCAAGGAAUUGGCUGCAAAGGCUGCCAAGGAACCUGUUGCAAAGGAAUCUGCCACUAAGGUUGCCAAGGAGCAUGUCUCAAAGGAAACAGCAGCUAAGGUUUCCAAAGAGCCUGUUGCUAAGGAAUCUAUCGUGAAGGCUUCCAAGGAAUCGGUCACUAGGGUUGCAAAAGAGCCAAAUGUUAAGAUUAAGGGACAAUCUCCUAAGGUUUCUAAGGAGCCGGUAGGUGCUGAGAUUGCCCCGAUGCCUGUAGCUCUUGCAAAAGCAGAGGAGCCCAAAUCUGAAAGUACUUCCAGGAAAAAGUCCAAGAAGAAGGUGGAUGCAGCAGUUGCUGAGGAUGUGGCAGAAGUGCCCCUUCUGUUGCCAUUUAAGACACUGGUUGCCACUCUUAGUAACUCGGUGUUCAGUGAAUCAGAGACACAGAAACUUCUGGAGAUCGUUGGCGACAAAGCAGGAGCUGACACCUGGCAGCUGGCAUCGCAGAAAGGUGACCCCUUGGCAGCUCUGAAGAAGCAGUUGGAGGAGAAGGGGAAACUCCUGUCUGCCGAACAGGAGAACGCAGCUGCAGCUAAGACUCGCCUGCGCGAGCUCACCAAGGAGCUGAGCGGUGAGAAGAGCAAGACGGCGUCGGUGGAGACGAGGCUGAGCUCGGAGCUGAGUGCUCGUGAGCAGGAGAUGGUUGCCUUGCAUGCCAGAAUGAAGGCCUCAUAUGAUGAGCACACCGCCCAGACUCAGCAGCUCAACAGCAAGAUCCAGAGCUUACAGGAGCAGCUAGAGAAUGGCCCCAAUGCCCAGCUGGCCCGACUCCAGCAGGAGAACACCAUCCUUAGAGAUGCCCUGAACCAAGCCACCAGCUUGGCAGAGAGCAGGCAGAACGCAGAGCUGGCAAAGCUGCGUCAGGACUGCGUGCGGCUCAGCCGGGAGGCGAAUGAGCGUGCGGAGACCCUGCAUGCUGAGGAGGAACGCAGGAAGGCACUGGAGGCCAAGGUGGCCGUCGUGGAGGAGCAGCUGACCCAGGCGAAGGCAGCGCGUGUGGAGACAGAGCAUACCCUGCAGCAAAAACUGGAGCGGGUCGAGGGAGAACUACACCAGGCGCAGGACAACGGCGCUGCCCUAGAGUCUCAACUGGAACAGUCCAAGAAGGAGGCAGGCAAGCUCAGUGAGCUGCAGGAGCAAGUGUGCCUUAGAGAGGCGGAGCUUAAGGACAGGUGUACAGAGGUGGAGUCUUUAAAAGCUCAGCUUGCUCAGGUACAGCAGGCCAUGCCCAUCCACCUAGAGGAACAAGUUACCCUGCAAACAGAGGCUCGAGAGCAGGCUGAGACACAGGGGCAUAACUCUGAAGAGCAGCUGAGGAGAAGUUUGACAGAGAGGGAGGGGCAGGUGAUGUCAAUGGAGGUGGAGCUAAAGCAACUGAGGGAGGAGCUUGAAGCUGUAAAAACUGCUUAUCCUGAGCCCACUCCAAAUCGAGAGGGAGGGCGACAGGAGGAUGAGGCGCAGAGCACAGCUGAUCUUCAGCUCCUUCAGAACAGCCUGAAAGAGAAGGAGGACUUGGUGGCAUCUCUUGAACAACAACUAGACAAGGUGAAGGAGAGUAUGAAUGAGACGGAGAACUCCGUGCAGCAGCUGCAGGCGAGCCUGGCGGAGCGGGAGAGCCGGGCAGCAGAGCGGGAGGCGGAGCUUAAGAAGCUGAGAGACGAGCUGGAUCAGCAGAAGGCUGCAGCAGAGAUGGCGGAAGCGGAGCAGCCGUUUGAGAGCCUGGAGAAAGACGCACGUCUUAUUUCUCUGGAGGAGGAGCUCCAGGCUCUGAGGGAAGAGGCAGAACAGGCAAGGACCAAGAGCAAUGAGCUGCGGGAGAAGAACUAUGCCGCCGUAGAAGCUCUUGCUGCAGCAGAGAGACUUGGUGAAGAUAGACUCAUCCAGGCGAGGAAAUCUCAGAAUGAUGUCGAACAGAAACUACACUCUCUUCAGAUGGACAUCAAGGAUGCCCUCCAGAACCUCUUUCCACAUGUUACCGUUCCAACGGAACAGAGUAACUGGUUGGAGGCAUUCAUUCAGAAAGCACAAGAGUCACUUACACAGACCCAGCGGGGGCCAGCUGAGGAGCAAGACAGCACAGAGCUAACAGAUGCUCUGCAGAAAUUAAGGGAGGCAGAAGAGAGUCAAACGGCACUGCAGGCACAGUGUGAACAGUACAGAGCAACUCUCAGCCAGACGGAGAGUAUACUGAAGGAUCUUCAGAGGAGUGUUGAAGAAAGAGAGCUCACCUGGAAGUCCCAGGUCUCUGAGGCUGAGAGACAGUGGCACGAAGCCUUGGCUGAGGUGAAGUUGUUGGAGGAGACAGCAGAGAUACUGAGGGUUGAGAACCAGAGCACAGAGCAGCUGAAGGGGCAGGUGGUACUUCUAGAAGCACAGCUGGAGAAGCAGCUAGAAUCCAUCAGCUCUAGUCAAACGUGCGCUCAUGAGGUAGAGCAGCUGAAGAUAUUGUUAUCGACCACUCAGGCUCAGUUGGAGUCUGCCCAAUCAGAGGCUCAGAAACAGCAUGCUGAACUCUUAUUGGUCAGGCAGCAACUACAGGAGGCGACUGAGUGCGUGCAGAGGCAGGACGACACUCAGCCCAGCCAGGCGCAGGAGCAGCUGGUGCAGACAGAAGGCCGACUGCAGACGGAGGAGAGUGCCCGGCUACAGAUGGAGCAUAGCUAUGAACAGGCCCUAAGGUGCGUGAGGGAUCUGGAGGCCCAGCUUGUGGAGCUCCAGGCAGCAGGAGAGGGCUCAUCUGCAGAACUGAAGGAGAAGCUGGAGAAGGAGGCGAGGCUGACCCAGGACCUUGGCGAGGCGGCUUCCACGCUUCAGCGACUGCUGAGGAGCACCCAGGAGGAGCUGUCCAAAGAGCGUGAGGCAGUGAAGGCCCUCCAGGAGCAGCUACAGGGCCAGGAUGGGGAGGAACUGAAAGAAGGAACCUCUGUGUGAUGUUGCAGCAAGAGAAAAGGAGAGAGCCAAACUGCCAAAAAUGCCUUAGUUGUUCUUGUCCCUAUAAUCUGUCAUACUGUAGUGGAAACUGCUUAAUCAAUGAGGAUUAAACAUGUGGGCAAUGUCGUUAAGGGAUCUAGAGGGAAGGGAGUUACAAGGCCCAGUUAUGUUUUAUUUGAUGUCUUUGUUACUGUUUUUCUGCGUCCAUGACUCUUCACAUUCCUGCGACUCUCAUCGCUCAGUGUUACGGAAAGAGCUUUGUGCGUUAGACGCACACUGGUGUGCAAUCUUUUAUCUUUUGGGUUUUGUUUGUUUGUUUUUUGCAAAGACUCUCCUUUCUCAUGGAUGUAAAAAGCGAUGGAACCUUUCCUGCUCCGGUGAUGCAAUACAAGCUUGACACUAUAGUUGGCUGCUGACCAAAUGUGAUUUAAAUUUAAAUAAAAACACUUAAAGGGUUACUUGGUGCAUCUAUUUCCCCCCUCCCUCCCUCCCUCCCU